AUGAGGGUCUUACAUUCUUUCAAUCGCCUGCUGCGCAACUUUCUAGUCAUUGGCCUUCUAGCGAGUGUUCUCACCUCAGCGUAUCUUGAUUCAUUCUUGCGCGGCAUCCAGUCGAACCUUCUCAAGAGGAGUAUCCCGGCAUCUCUCGCAACGGCUCCUCAAGGCGCAGUGGGCUACUAUCAACCCCCUCCGGGCCCUGCCGUCAACUACCCUUACCAACUCCAAACAACCUCUGCCCCAUCUGCAACGACAACAGGAGGGACAGUCUUGCCGACUGGGGGAAAUUCAGGCACCAAUGGACCACGAAAAAACAUCGCUCUUGUCUCUGGAACAGUGACUGGAACUCAUGUAAUCAUAGAAGCAACGCAAUCAGCGAUGGCAAAUAGAGACCUGACCCUGGGCUCCGGGGGCUUCUUGCUCUCAAUUCUGCUGGGCAUACUGCAAUUUUGA